AUGAGCUCUGAAUGGGCUAAAAGCACGCUGUUAGCUCGGCUGGCUCCAAGCUCUGUCGGUUUGCUUGUUUUUGACGAAAACUGUAAUGUCCUUGAGGCUUCUGGCGUAGGAAAAGACCGAUUAGAAGAUAUUGUAACGGUUAACCGAACCGAGGUCGAUGGCAACGGAUUUGGGUCUUUAGAGGGACCCGACUUAAAACUAGCAGUCUAUAAACGCGAUGGAAACACCAUUGUCAUUUACAGCAGGAAAAACAACUAA